AUUAUAUCGUGUUCAAAAAAUGGCAGAUGAACAGGAACUUUUCUUGAUCGAGUUUCUAGUCGAAAAGGUUAAAAUCCCAGUAAUAAGGGCAAUGCAGGACGAUCUAUUACCUGCGUGUACCUGCGUCUCCUUUCAGAUUCUCAGCCUGCCGCCAGUCGACAUUUGCCAAGAAGCCCUGACAGAUGGCUGCGGUUGCACCGAAGGCGACACGCAGGUUUUCAAGAAAGGCAAAUCUUGUUUAUUCGCGUUGCCAUCGAUCGCUCUCCAAAGACCUUUAACCACGUUCCCCAUAAAACUAUCUGUCUACAAGAAACUACCACCUGGAGUGCUACCAGAUGUGAUGCUGGUUGGCUGUCAUCAAAUCGAGGCAAAGGCGAUAAUAAACGCCGUAUUGAGCCAACAGGUCUUUAAAAUACCGAAUCCUUGUCAAACGAUCAAGGACACGUUUAAAAUUACUACGGCAACAGGACAAUGCGUUGGAUCUGUGACAGUUUACAUAAGAGCUUCCUGUUUCGGCAAGAAGAUCAUCACCCAGUUUCAAAUACCGCACAAUAGGAAACCAUAUCUGUUUAAAGGGGCGGACGACAGUCCUGUUUUUCAAUGCAAGAAGAUACCCUCUGAAUGCUAUACACCAGCUCCAUUGACGUGUACCUGUACGAAGAAAUGUAUCGAUGGUAGUGGAGAGUCUACAGGAAGAACCUGUUGUGCCACACCGAUCGUUCAGACAUCUUCGUGUCCCCCCUUACCUAAACCUCCUGAUUAUGGUCCACGACCGUGCUGCACCUCGCGUCAACCAUCCUCGGGGAAACAAUGUCCAUGUUCGCCGAAAGCUCGACGGAAAGAUCAAGUAGCUUCCCCGUGUUGUUGUUCUGAGCCAAUAUCCAGUUUUCGCGCCAUUGCUCGUCAACAAGCAGCUGCAGGAGGGAAAUGUAGCCCGUGUGCAAAGCCAGCUCCUUGUUCACCUUGUUGCGGUGCUUCCUCCCUGUCGGCAGGACCCAAACCACACGGUGAUUUGCUUAGCAAGGAGACGGUGAAAAAAUGUGGAUGUCCUGUAAAGGAAUACAGUUGCACCUGUGGUUGACAGAAAUGAAAAUGAAAAUUUCUUUUCUUGGAAAACAGAAGAAACUUCUCCGUAAUACUUAGAAGGUAAAAAGAAUAAUGUAGCAAGCGAAUAAGACGGAUGAUUUUAUUUUAUUUGUAACUUCAAGCCUUUCCUUAAGAUGAAUAUAUGCGAUAUAAAAUAACUCGUUGAAAAAAUCGAAGAAUGUGAACACAUGUUCUUGUGGGACCAAUCGAUGAAAGUGAAAUUGUUUCUCAAUAACUAAUCGCUUUUGUUUCGACACCUAACCUCGGAAAACUAUCCAUAUUUCCUAACUCAAACACAAAAUUGUCCGUAGUCAUGAUAAGCAUAACAGAUAACGAAGCACACAAUCCGAACCUGAGCAAUCACUACUUCUCCUCGUUAAUCUCUCCAUACAUAUUACUCAGGAUUCUAACCGAAAAUACAUUAAUAGCCCUCCAAUGGGAAGCGAUAUUCGUUCACGCCUUCUUUAAUCUGAAUAAUAUCACGAGAAAGAUAUUACCGGCUAUUAAAGGAGAAACUUUCCCGCAAUUAAAACGGCCGGAGGAAACGAUUAGCGAGCCGUGUUGGGAAAAGAUAAACGUCGGGAAUGUAGAGAAUCUGAAAACAGUGGAGCAAGCUGGGAAAAAGAAGCGCACUGGAAAGAAACUUCAUCGGCCUGUGGAGAAAACAUGGAUGGACCAAGCAGGAAAAGCACAACGCGAAGCAGAAGAAAAGGAACGCUUGCGUAAAUGGGAAGAAUGCUGGCAAAGAAAGUUCGAGGCUCAAGAAGAACGCGAUAAUGCCGAAUGUUGCGUGGGCAAAAAUUUAUGCGUAAAACCCAGAACACAAUCAAACAUUUGGAUCAAUGUGACUAAGGAUAGAUCCCUUCAAGAAAUACAUAUGUUCAUCAAGCACGUUCCAGUUCCAAAGCCAAAGCCUCCGCCUCUGCCACCGCCGAAAGUACAAAAGACUCCGAUUAUUUCACCAAUGGAAAGAAUCGUGAAGCAAAGAGUUGACAAAAUGAGCGGUACGGAGAAGAAGAAGAAGAAGGAGAAGAAGAAGAAGAAAUAGCAGUAAACGAAUCCGGCAAUAAGCGAUUUCUUUGCGAUCACUUUGCUCGAAUAUCUUUCCUUUACAUUCUUCUUCGCUACGCAAAAGAUACGUAUUUCUCUGUUUGUCGAGGCAUUUGUAAAAAUACAUCAGAGACCAUGGCGAGGAUGGCGUCGUGACACGUUAUUCUCGUCGUUCAGUGCCCAGUUCGGCGAAGUACCAAAAUGGAAAUAGUGAAGAAAUAAGAAGAAUCUAACUAAUGAAACAUUCUCGCUGUCUUCAGUUUCCAUUUUCCUGUAUUAUCCUUUUGUUAAAUAUCAAAAUAUCUUACACGUUCCGCUUAGACCAUUGAAGAUGCAAUAAAAUAUUCAUAGAAUGUUCACUCCACAAGUUGAGGAUUUUCUACGCCACUUUCCUUAGUUAAACUCUCUCAUCUACCAUUUUAACUGAGAUAGUAAAGUAAAAUUUGCUAAAGUUUUCCAAUAAAUAUAAUCAAUAGGUAUUCUAAUCUAGUAUCUAUGGCCGGCAGUGUCCGCCAAUCAUAGGAAAUUUCAUCUCAAGAUACAAAGAACAUGGAAGAAAAAUUGAAAUCAAGAAAAGAGAAAAAAAGAAAAGUUUCUCCAGCUAAGUUGAUUCAUCGAAAACGAUAUGUUCAUUGACAUGAACCGCGGAGGAAACAAGCGGUCGGUGUGCAAACUGCAAGGACAUUGCACGCGAGGAGUUAUUCCUGUCCCGCAUAUAUGUGCGGGAAGGGAUAAGAAGGGAAGGAAGGUGGGUGAUAAAAGGUGGCGGAAAGAAUGAAGGCAGGGGGUAAAUGUGAGAGAGGAGGGACCACGAGGAUGAGACUGCGCGUGCUUUUCUCUCUUUCCUCCGCCACCCUCAGUGCCCGCCACCGAACGACGAACAGGGUUGUAAGCCGAUAUUGUCGGGCAGGCGCAUUGGAAACCGGCGACCAGCCGGGAAGGAAGAUAACAAUAAAAGAGCAUAUAUAAUCGCGCCUAAACGCACGUUAACCUCGCGGCCUGGCUGGUUGGCUGGCUGGCGCGUCGCCUCUCGAAAUGUAAGCACAAUGCGUGAGAGUAA